AGCGAAGUCACGCCCCCCUAUUCACUUAUACGAAGGUGACAACGGCUUUAAGUCCCUUUAACAACCUGAGACGCGAGAAACCUCGCGAUAUUUCUUCUGGGAGCGAGAGACGUACACAAGACGACCGUGGCCUGGGGAGGCGGGGCGAACGGGCGGUGAGGACCGGAGCCGGGAAGGGACAGGUCUGGGAAGAGGCGUGUAAAGACACACUGGGUUUACUGCGCCACCCAGAUUCCACUGUAGUCGAAGUCCAGCCACUGGAGAGGAAGUCACUCUCCCCGCUUCCUGGCCCUCAGUUGCUGACUGCUCGUUUCCCGGGACAGUGCCCGACCCAAGAGCUGCAGCGCGGUAGUUCCGGAUCUGAUCUCGCUGCUGCCCGGAGGUGUCUGGUGCGGGAGGUGACAGGUGCGCUCGAAAGGAGCGCUGCACCCUCUCGCCCCGCCCCCGCCCCUCCUUCCUGCAAGUCCCCUCCUCUCCUUCUUUCCCUUCCCCUUCACUCUCCACUUCUCCCCUCCCAUCUGCUUUUCCUCUCCCCUCCCCUGUCCUGCGCUGUGCUGUGCUGCGGGGCUCGGGAUGAGCCGCGGGCCCCAGCGAAGCGGCUUCAGGUCUGCGCGCCCGCCGCCUCCGCCGCCAAAGCAGGUCCCGAGCCACCCGAGCCCCUGAGACGAGCAGCCGCCAUCGCCCCCCUAACCCCCCUCGCAGUCUCCCAGCGUCCCCCCACCCACCCUGCACCACCGGCCUCGGGCAUGAGGCUGGCGUCGAUGCCCGGACCCUAGCUGCGGGAGUGAAGGCUGAAGAGAACGGCUGGAGGGGGCAGUGACGACAUGAACCUGCACCAAGUCCUGACCGGGGCCGUGAACCCUGGGGACCAUUGCUUCUCCGUGGGGAGCGUCGGCGACCAGCGUUUCACGGCUUAUGCUUCUGGAUGUGAUGUUGUAAUACUGGGAAGUAACUUUGAAAGGUUGCAGAUAAUCCCAGGAGCUAAGCAUGGGAACAUUCAAGUAGGAUGCGUUGAUUGUUCAAUGGAGCAAGGGAAGAUUGCAGCUUCAUAUGGAAACAUUAUUUGUGUUUUUGAACCAGUUAACCUACUGAAGCAAAAGAACACUCCAAAUGUGGAAUUAUAUAAUCAAUGGCAGAAAAGUGGCCAGUUUUUUCUGGAGUCCAUAGCACACAAUAUAACGUGGGACCCCACAGGCAGUCGUCUCUUAACUGGUUCUAACUGUUUGCAACUUUGGUCUAAUAAUAAUUUGGAGAAGCAAUCUGAAGAUGAAAAUCCUGAAAAAACAGAUCUUAAUUUUGGGGAUUGGCGAUGUAUUUGGCACUGUAGAACUGCUUCCCAAGUUCAUUUAAUGAAAUUUUCACCUGAUGGAGAAUUUUUUGCUACUGCAGGAAAGGAUGACUGCCUUUUGAAAGUGUGGUAUAAUACAGACAACUGGCGAUCAACAGUUACCUCUCAAGAUAUAGGUCCAGAAAAGCAAACACAAGGAGGCGAGGUUGACUUUUCAUUUGUUUACCUGGCACAUCCUAGAGCUGUAAAUGGAUUUUCCUGGCGGAAGACCAGCAAAUAUAUGCCUAGGGCUUCUGUUUGUAAUGUAUUAUUGACUUGCUGCAAAGAUAAUGUGUGCCGCCUAUGGGUAGAGACUUUUUUACCAAAUGAUAGUCUUUUAUAUGAAGGAAACUAUAACCACUGGACUGACCCAAAUUUAACAAAUAACUUCAAGAGGAAUCCUUCCAGUAAGGAACGAGUUCAAAAUGCUUUGGAAGUAAACCUGAGGCAUUUUCGUAAAGGAAGAAGAAGAUCACUUGCACUUGUAGCACAUACUGGCUACCUCCCACAUCAGCAGAAUCCUCAUCAGGUCCAUAGGAAUACCCCUCUGCAAGCCAAUGCACUUUGCCACUUUCAUAUUGCUGCCAGCAUCAACCCAGCCACAGACAUUCCUUUACUUCCUUCUAUUACAUCUCUCAGCCUUGGCGAAAAUGAAGAAAAGAGUGGGCCUUUUGUUGUACACUGGCUCAACAAUAAAGAAUUGCAUUUUACUUUAUCCAUGGAAGUCUUUUUACAGCAGCUUCGAAAGAGUUUUGAACAACCACCUUCAGAUGUCAGUGUGGAAGAAUCUAAUCAAAUGGAUGGAAAAUCUGAUGAAGAAACAGAUGAUGGUGGUGAUGAUCUGAAAGCAAUUCCUGAAAAGAGGGAGUUGAGUAGUGAAAAAAACGAACUCAAUUCAGGCUGUGUCCCCUUACCGUCUGCUAUUAUUGAUCAUCAGAUUGAAGUUCUUCUGUCUGAAUGGAGUAAAAAUGCAGACAUGCUUUUCAGUAUUCAUCCUGUGGAUGGUUCUUUGCUGGUUUGGCAUGUGGAUUGGCUGGAUGAAUACCAGCCUGGUAUGUUUCGCCAGGUGCAGGUGUCAUUUGUUUCCAGAAUUCCAGUAGCUUUCCCUACGGGUGAUGCAAAUUCUCUGUGCAGAAGUAUAGUGAUGUAUGCUUGUACCAAGAAUGUUGACCUAGCUAUUCAGCAAGGCAAACAAAAGCCCUCUGGCCUCACACGCUCUACAUCAAUGCUCAUCUCUUCUGGUCACAGUAAAUCAACCAAUAGUUUAAAAUUGAGUAUCUUUACUCCUAAUGUAAUGAUGAUUUCAAAGCAUGCAGAUGGAUCUUUGAACCAGUGGUUAGUCAGCUUUGCAGAAGAAUCUGCUUUUUCUACAGUGCUCAGUAUUUCCCAUAAAUCUAGAUAUUGUGGUCAUCGCUUUCAUCUUAAUGACUUAGCUUGCCAUUCAGUAUUACCAUUGCUACUAACUACAUCCCAUCAUAAUGCAUUACGGACACCAGACACUGACAAUCCGAAACAGUCUUACGAUGCUUUAAACUCUGAGGAAACGUCAUUAGGAGAACAGAGUAGAAGUUCUGUAGAUGGAGCGUUUCAGGAUCCCAACGCAGUUUAUAGUGAACUUAUUCUUUGGAGGGUUGAUCCAGUUGGGCCAUUGUCUUUUUCUGGAGGUGUUUCAGAACUUGCAAGGAUUAAUUCUCUUCAUGUUUCGGCCUUUUCCAAUGUGGCAUGGCUGCCUACCCUCAUACCUAGUUACUGCCUAGGUGCUUAUUGCAACUCUCCUAGUGCUUGCUUUGUGGCAAGUGAUGGACAAUAUUUGAGAUUAUAUGAAGCUGUCACUGAUGCCAAAAAACUUUUAUAUGAGUUAUCCAACCCCGAAAUUUCUAAAUAUGUUGGCGAGGUGUUUAACAUUGUGAGUCAACAAUCAACAGCAAGACCAGGAUGCAUUAUUGAAUUAGAUCCCAUUACUGAACUUCGUGGCAGAAAGACACAGCUACUUCAUGUUUUUCAAGAAGACUUCAUUUUGAAUAGCCUUGAGAAGAAAAGUCUGGGAAAGGACGGCGUUUUAUCUGAUUCUGGUAACCAACCUAAUGGGUUUUCUGAAAAAUUCUACUUAGUUGUAAUAGAGUUUACUCAAGACAACCGCUCAUUACUUCAUAUGUGGAAUUUACACUUAAAAUCCAUUCCUGUCUCAGUUGAUGAGAAAAUAGAUACAAGUGUGUCUGGUGCAGUGUUGCAACAAGAAGAGUUAUAUUCUUCUUCUCCGGAAAGAAUUCAAUCUCCUUUUUCAAAGAAAUUUCAGGCUUGCAGAGCAAAUCUUCAAAGUACUAGUAAAUUGACUCUUUCUUCAAAAAUGGUAUAUAGCCAAGAACUGAGUUUACCAGAAGGCGUUGAGAUAAUCAGUGUUAAGCCAUCAGCAGGACAUCUAAGUUCCUCUUCCAUAUAUCCAGUAUGUAGUGCACCCUAUUUAUUGGCAACUUCAUGUUCAGAUGAAAAAGUGAGAUUCUGGAGAUGCAGAGUGACCCCUGUGGAGACUGCCUCGUCGGAGCACACUGCGGAAAGUGAUCUUGAGUACGUUUGGGAAGAAUGGCCUUUACUCAUUGAGGACGGACUCGCGCGUAGCAGUGUUGUAAUCAUUCCCGGCAGGCCAAUAGAAGUUAGCUGUGCUCACACGAAUCGUUUAGCCGUGGCCUAUAAGCAGCCUGCGACUAGUGGCAGGGCUUCUCAAGAUCUGAUGAUGCAUGUAAGUAUUUUUGAAUGUGAGUCUACAGGAGGGUCAUUUUGGAUCCUCGAACAGACAAUUCAUUUAGAAGAGUUAAGUGCGCUGUUGGAUUCCGGCAUUAGUAUCGAUAGCAACUUGGUGGCCUACAAUAAGCGAGAUGUUUAUUUAUCGAGUAAAGAGAACAUCAUGCCGUCCACCAAGCACUUAGUUCACCUAGACUGGAUGUCGAGAGAAGAUGGCUCGCACAUCCUCACCGUCGGGAUCGGGUCCAAGCUCUUCAUGUACGGGCAGCUGGCCGGCAGAGUGCAGGAGCAAGCCGGUAAAGAAGGCCUGGCGUUCCCACUCUGGGAGAAUGCUAAAGUCUUGUCUCAGUCUCGCUUUGUUCUGCUUCGGUGUGUCGACUUGGUUUCUUCCGUGGAAGGCUCUCCGCCGUUUCCGGUGUCUCUGUCUUGGGUACGCGACGGCAUCCUCGUGGUAGGAAUGGACUGUGAAAUGCACGUCUAUUCCCAGUGGCAGCCGCCGUCCAAACCGGAGCCGGCGAUCCCCGAUUCGUGCGAGGGAAGCACGCCCUCUAUCGCCAGUCUAGCCAGGCCGGCUCCCUCGGCAGCGUCUGCUCUGCACCCCCCGAGGAAAACGCUGACUCGGUCCCUGACCAGCCUUGCGCAGAAAAUCUGCGGGAAGAAAACGGCAUUCGAUCUGGAUGUGGACAUGGAGGAUUCCGGUCUGUUUGAAGCCGCCCACGCGCUGUCGCCAACCUUGCCUCAGUACCAUCCUUUGCAGCUCAUAGAACUCAUGGACCUGGGCAAAGUGCGGAGGGCCAAGGCCAUUCUGUCCCAUCUUGUGAAGUGCAUUGCGGGGGAAGUCGUGGCUCUGAACGAAACGCUUUCCAACCCUGAGCGCCGCUUCAGGUCUCUUACCAUCAGCGCGAGCGGGAGCACCGCCAGGGAGCCCGCCGCAUUCCAUAAAGCCGACAAUACGGACUAUACCGAGAUCGACUCCGUCCCCCCCCUCCCUUUGUACGCCUUACUUGCUGCAGAUGACGAUAGCCCGCGUUCCUCGGCGGAGAAGUCCGGCACUUGCAGCUACUUGAACCAACGAGGCCGCGUGCACGAGGAGAGUUACAGCGAGCUCUUUCAGACCCCGGCCCUGGCCGCCGAUGAGAUUCACGCCUUUGAGGCGGAGGACGCAGCCGCCGAGCCCCGGGUCAUCGACCUUUCUCAGUACAGCCCUACCUACUUCGGACCUGAACACGCCCAGGUUCUGUCCGGCCAUUUACUUCACUCCAGCCUGCCAGGGCUCAGCCGGAUGGAACAGAUGUCUCUGAUGGCUCUCGCAGAUACUAUUGCGACCACCAGCACGGAUAUCGGUGAAAGCCGAGACAGAAGCCAAGGUGGAGAAACUCUUGAUGAAUGUGGCUUAAAAUUUCUUUUGGCUGUUCGACUUCAUACUUUUCUUACAACUUCCCUUCCACCUGUAUAUCGAGCUCAACUCCUUCACCAAGGUCUCUCUACUAGUCAUUUUGCCUGGGCAUUUCAUUCUGUAGCAGAAGAAGAGCUAUUGAACAUGCUCCCUGCUAUGCAGAAAGAUGAUCCCACCUGGUCAGAACUAAGAGCUAUGGGAGUAGGGUGGUGGGUUCGAAAUACUCGAGUCUUACGCAAGUGCAUAGAAAAGGUAGCUAAAGCUGCUUUUUAUAGAAAGAAUGAUCCAUUAGAUGCUGCCAUUUUUUACCUUGCAAUGAAGAAGAAGGCUGUGAUUUGGGGGUUAUACAGAUCUCAAAAAGAUACCAAGAUGACACAGUUUUUUGGACAUAAUUUUGCAGAUGACAGAUGGCGUAAGGCAGCGUUAAAGAACGCUUUUUCUUUGCUGGGCAAACAAAGAUUUGAACAUUCUGCAGCAUUUUUUCUUCUGGCUGGUUGCUUGAAAGAUGCAGUUGAGGUUUGUCUCGAAAAAUUGAAUGAUGUUCAGUUGGCUUUGGUAAUAGCAAGACUUUAUGAAUCUGAAUUUGACACAUCUGCAACAUACAAAUCUAUACUGCAUAAAAAAGUUUUGGGAAUCGAUUCUUCAGCCAGAGAGCACAGUUCAGUGAAUAUGAAUGUACAUGAUGAUCCUUUCCUUCGGAGUAUGACAUAUUGGAUCUUGGAAGACUAUAGCAAGGCUCUGGAUACAUUAAUAAAGCAACCUAUAAAAGAGGAAGAAGAUCAAGCCAUUGCAUCUUCUACCUGUAACCCUGCAGUAUUUAAUUUCUACAAUUACCUCAGGACACAUCCACUUUUGUUGAGACGCCAUUUUGGUUCUUCUGAUGCAUCUUCUACACAAAUAUGUUUAACAGGAGAAAAUGGAUUAGCAGGAAAAAUUAAUUUAAGUGAAAGAAGAUUAUUUUUCACCACUGCACAUGCUCACUUAAAAGCUGGUUGUCCUAUGUUGGCUUUAGAGGUCUUGUCAAAAAUGCCCAAAGUCAUCAAGAAGUCAAAACUUUUUUACAGAACUUGUAGUUUUCCAGAUACCAGUAAAGAUUAUUCUCCUUCUUCUCCAUUAAGGCUGGAUACAAAGGAUUAUAAGUCAUCUAGUAUUGAUUGGUCACAGAGUGCGAUAAAUGGUUUGAAAUCUUCUUCAGAUGGCUUAUCAGAUGAACAGUCAAAUUCCACUCUUUCAUUUGAUUGGAGCCAACCAAGUGUUGUAUUCCAAGAUGAAUCUUUAGACCUAAAGUGGGAUAGUGAUAAUGAUGAAGAAAAUGAGGACUUACCUCUUUCAAUGAAAGAACUAAAAACUUCACAGAUAAAAAUGGAUAAAAAAAUAAAUGAAACAAAUUCUAGCUAUACAGACUCUUUCAGCAUAGAUGAAAAUGAUACCUUGAGUCCAUCAGAAGAUAUCAUUGCUGUACAGUUGAAAUUUAGAGCAUGUUUAAAGAUUCUUACAGUAGAAUUGCGGACAUUAUCUACUGGCUAUGAAAUAGAUGGCGGGAAAUUGAGGUACCAGCUAUAUCACUGGCUUGAAAAAGAGGUAGUAGCUCUUCAGAAGGCUUGUGACUUUUGUUCAGAUGGGGAGGAUGUACAGUGUGUAUUUAGUGAAAGUGUGGAUGAAGCUAUAUUAAAUGAAAAUACAAAAGAUUUAUCUGAACAACCCAAAGUAAAUCAAUUGAGAGAGAAUUUCCAGAAAAGACGACAGUGGCUUUUGAAGUAUCAAUCCCUUCUAAGGAUGUUCCUUAGCUAUUGUAUACUACAUGGGUCUCAUGGUGGUGGCCUUGCUUCUGUGAGAAUGGAAUUGAUUCUACUUCUACAGGAAUCUCAGCAGGAAACAUUGGAGCCAAUUAGCCCUCUGCCAGAACAAACCUCAGUACCUCUCCUUUUUGCCUGUACAGCUAGUGCCAAAACAGUAGUUGCCAAUCCUUUAUUGCACCUUAGUAAUUUGACUCAUGAUGUACUACAUGCCAUAAUAAACCUUGAUUCACCACCCCAUCCUGACACCCAAAACAAUAAAGUAUAUAUAAUGCAUACAUUGGCAGCAUCCCUCUCUGCUUGUAUUUAUCAGUGCCUUUGUGGUGGGCAUAACUAUAGUUCAUUGCAAACAAAUCAGUUCACUGGAAUGGUAUACCAGACCUUGCUGUUUCCUCAUCGGCACUCCUUGAAAACAACAAGCUUAGAUGAAACUAUAACUCCUAAUACUUCUCCAGCUCAAUGGCCAGGAAUUACUGCUCUUAUUCGCCUUUUGAAUUCUGCUGGGGAGGAGGCUCAGUCUGGGCUUACGGUUUUACUUUGUGAAAUUCUCACAGCAGUUUAUCUUAGUCUCUUCAUCCAUGGUCUGGCAACACAUUCUAGUAAUGUGCUAUUUCGAAUUGUGGCCCAUCCUCUAAAUGAAAAAAUGUGGUCGGCUGUCUUUGGCGGAGGUGCUCACAUUCCUAACAAAGAACAAACAGCAUCAAAAGUUGUAACUGGAAGAUACUUUUCUAUGCCUAGUCCACACCAAGUAGUAGUGUUCUCCAUGGAGUGUGUGGGGUUUUCCAAAGCUCUUACAGCCAUCAGUUCUCAUAACACUACCAGUCUUUCAGUUUCUUCUUCAGUUGAAGAUGGUGAAAAACAGCACAAACGAUCUAGGACAUCAAAAAUAGCUUCCAAAGAGGGCCCUCUACAGAACUCUUCCUCACCUGCUGGAGACCAGGAGUCUUUGAUCUAUAAGGAAAAAUUUAUUCCUCCUGAGCUUAGUAUCUGGGAUUAUUUCAUAGCAAAGCCUUUUUUACCACCUUCCCAAAGUAGAGCAGAAUAUGAUUCAGAAGAGAGUCAGGAAAGUGGUGAUGAUGAAGAUGAGGAUGGUGAUAAUGAAGAUGUUUUAACUUCAGAUUAUCAACUCCAAGAACAUGCUAAUUCAAAUUCAUACAGUUGGUCAUUGAUGCGAUUGGCUAUGGUGCAGUUGGUGCUUCAUAAUUUGAAGACUUUCUAUCCAUUGGCUGGUCAUGAUCUUUCAGAGCUUCCAGUUAGCUCACCACUGUGUCAUGCAGUUCUGAAAGCUCUUCAGUGCUGGGAACAAGUUCUCCUCCGAAGACUUGAAAUACAUGGGGGGCCACCUCAAAACUAUAUGGCAAGUCACACCUCUGAGGAAAGUUUGUCAGCAGGUCCUGCAAUUCUUCGCCAUAAAGCUUUGCUUGAGCCUACAAACACCCCUUUCAAAUCUAAACAUCAUCUGGCACUAUCAGUGAAGAGACUUUGGCAGUACUUGGUGAAACAGGAAGAAAUUCAGGAAACUUUUAUCCGAAAUAUAUUUACAAAGAAGAGGUGCCUAAAUGAGAUAGAAGCUGAAUUGGGUUACCCAGGAGGCAAAGCAAGAAUUAUCCAUAAAGAAUCUGACAUUAUUACCGCUUUUGCUGUUAAUAGAGCCAAUAGAAAUUGCAUAGCAAUUGCUUCCAGUCAUGACAUUCAAGAACUAGAUGUAUCUGGGAUUCUAGCUACACAAAUAUACACUUGGGUAGAUGAUGAAAUAGAACUUGAGACAAAAGGGUCUGAUGAUUUCUUAGUAAUCCAUGCUCGUGAUGAUCUAGCAUCUGUGCAAGGCACCACACCAUAUACUCACAGCAAUCCUGGCACUCCAAUCCACAUGCCUUGGCUUGGUAGUACGCAGACUGGCAGAGGAGCAUCUGUGGAAUAUGCCAAUAAAUUUAAUGGAAUCAGAAAGGAAUUGGCAAGAAAGGAGAUGAUUAAGAAAACCAUUAAUAAUGUCAGAAGAAUGGCUUCACAUCCAACACUACCUUAUUAUCUAACAGGAGCUCAAGAUGGAAGUGUCAGAAUGUUUGAAUGGGGUCAUUCCCAACAAAUAACCUGUUUUCGGUCUGGGGGCAAUUCAAGGGUGACAAGAAUGCGAUUUAACCAUCAGGGAAACAAGUUUGGAAUUGUUGAUGCUGAUGGAUAUAUAAGUUUGUAUCAGACCAACUGGAAGUGUUGUCCAGUUACUGGAAAUACUCCUAAGCCGUAUUUGACAUGGCAGUGUCAUAACAAAACAGCCAAUGAUUUUGUUUUCAUCAGCUCCUCUUCUCUAAUAGCCACAGCAGGUCUCUCAACUGAUAACAGAAAUAUUUGUUUGUGGGAUACUCUUGUGGCACCUGCAAAUAGCUUGGUACAUGCUUUUACCUGCCACGAUAGUGGUGCUACAGUGCUUGCCUACGCUCCAAAGCAUCAGGUGUUACUAUCAGGUGGCAGAAAAGGUUUCACGUGUGUAUUUGAUCUUCGCCAACGACAGCAGAGACAGUUUUUCCAAAGCCACGAUUCUCCAGUAAAAGCGAUUGCUGUCGAUCCAACCGAAGAAUACUUUGUCACGGGUUCUGCAGAAGGCAACAUAAAGAUCUGGAGCCUCUCCACCUUUGCUCUUCUCCACACUUUCAUCAACGAGCACGCUCGGCAGUCCAUUUUCAGAAACAUUGGAACGGGAGUGAUGCAGAUCGAGACGGGCCCCGCCAAUCACAUCUUCUCUUGUGGAGCUGAUGGGACAGUGAAGAUGAGGAUCUUACCUGAUCGAUUUAGUCCCCUAAGCGAAAUGCUGAAGAAUGACGUGAAGUUCAUGCUCUAGCAUUUUUCAGUGAUAGGAAUUCCUCUGACAUGCUUUAUACAAUGGCCGACAGACAUGAUGUUCAGUGAUUACUUUGUAGCUGUUGCCACAAAAAUAAGCUUCUGCUCCCGCGUGUUAAUAUUUAUUUCAUGGACCUUUGCCCGAUGCACUGAUGCCUUAAAACUUCACAAGGCCAUUCAGAAUUUGAUUACGUUGCCUGAAGGAAUAUGUAUAAGCAACUGUAAUAGUAUAUUUAUGAUACGUGUGGCGUGCUAUUAAAAGCAUUUUUUAUUUUGUUUUGGUAGGAGGGAGAAGUCACACACUUCCUGUAGGCAUCUAUGUGUGGAAUCCCUUAUUUGUCAUGAAAAGUCAGCCUUCUGAUCAUCCUCACCAAUCCCGUAUCCCCUGUCAGGUUGCUAGUAGAAUAGGGUUUGGCUAAGAAUCUAGCAAUUGAACACCUUAGUGAUAAGUCAACUGGAUGUCUCAGCGCAUCCGUGUAUCUCAUAGAACUCAGGUUUUAUUACCUGCACAGCUCAACUUCAGUUCAAUCUGUGUGUACGACGGAGAAACGGAACAUCUCGUACAUUUUCUCUGAAGUCUAAAGAAACGACUGCUAUCAGAAUGGCAAUUUUUUUUACUAAGAAUAGAAUUGCCUAUAUAUUUUUUUGACAUUUGACCCCUUCACCACAGAUGUACAAACAUUGCAAAUAAAUAUCCCCAAACAUUAAAAAUUAUUAUUAAAAAUUACAUUGAUAAAUAAUAGUUUUAGAAGUUGAUAAGAAUACAAUAUCGAUGUGUAUGGAUUUGGGAAAAAAAGACUUUUUUUUAUUUUAGGAGACUAUCAAAGAACAUAAUUUUAUUUGCAUUUUUCCUUUGUGGCCUUUAUGUUGUUCAGCCCAAAGAUGCUGAAAUCUUGGCAGCAAAUUUUUACUUUGCCUUCAAAUUCAUAUUUAUAUAUAGUGGAACUCGAGUGUCUAACAUUUUAUCUUCAAAAUACACUAUACCUUCAGGAAAAAAAUCAUCUUUGGGGAUUUUGCUUUUUUUGCCAAAAUAAAUAAUUUACAAUUUAAAUGUUCUGACCAAACUAUCAAAAAAUACACAAAGCCUUUAAAUUUUGUAAUGUGCUAACAUUGUUUCUGUAACUAUUUUGUGCUAUAUCUUGAAUUAUAGAAAGCUUGAUAAAUACUUGAAUUUUACCAAUGGGACUGGAGACAGAUGGCUAUAUGAAAAGUCUAUAGUGGUUUUGCUAAAAGUUAUUUUGUGAAAUAGGGACUAUGAAAACCUUUUUUAUGUACCAGAUAUCAUCUUGGAGAUUAGCGGUAAAGAAAUGAAAGGCUGGUAAAAUGAAUUUUGUAAUAUUCUCAGGAUACUUUUAUCUUAAAAGUAUAUUGUUAACGAUUUUGUAAAUUGUAUUACAUAAUUUUAAAUGUGUUGAGCAAGUUGCAGUGCAAACACUAUAGUUAGUUGAAGGUUUUAUGCACAUAACCUGAACUUAUAAAUUGUGCAAUAAUAAAAUUUGGGCAUAUUUUGCCAUGAAGAAAUCUGUGAUAACAUUGCAGAGAACCAAUAUAGUUGUUUGAUGUAGUAAAACUUAAUUCUUCAUCAACAUUUUAUUUGUGUAAGCAUCAAGACUUAAAAGGCUUUAAACACAUUUUAUUUUAAUUUGCUGAGGAAAUUUACUAUUGUGCUUAUAAGAAAAAAAAAAGCAAUGUGUUGGGAAAAUCCAUGUUUUAAUGAAGCAUUAUAUUAACCUUUAAAUGAUGUAAAGGACUUAUGUAUUUUACCCCAGAGUCAUAGUAUUUUAAAUAAACAAUCAUGCAGAGA